CCAAAUCCAAAUUCUUCCCUUCAAUGCUCCUAGGGGUUGGGAUGCUGACCAACAUUCGUACUUGCCAUAUCUUCACCGCCUCGACUCGCAUCGCUAGCAGAUUCCCAAAGCGGCUGUUAUCAGACAGCUCUAGCUCGGCCGCCACAUGGUGGGCCAUUCUUCGAGAUUCGUAGUAUGAUAAGACUAGUAGUUAUUCCGAACUUUUGACUACGCUAGGAUUAUCGCCUACCUUCGCGGUCGCUCACUGAACAUCAGAAUCGUUUCACCGACUUUUAUCGCUGAUUCGUUGGGGAUCUUGACUCUCCAAUCUUUUAGUGUCUUCACGAAUCUGUUCUUGCCACGUGGCAAGAACCAGUAGCACCAGGCUCGAAAUGAUGAAUUUCCCCGGCUCGUCAGCUGACGAUAACCAUGCCUUGGACGAAUCAAUGGACGGCAUGGAGAGCCUGAUGCUCAAUCCGCCCGAUCCACAUCUGACACGUGGCAUGCCACCUGGCGCGGUCCCAGAUUACAGCAGCAUCUUAUCCUCCAGCUCGUCGCAGUUUUACACGUCAGAUCCUCUCGCCCAAUCCUGGAACCCGCCUCCCCUUCCCACGGAUCCAUCCCCCGUGUCAUCCUCCGCGUUUGGCGGGUUUCCUGACGUGGGCUUAGAUGCCGCGCCCCCGCCUUACCACGAGGCCCUGCAAGCGCCACGUGUCGGUGACGUCAGCACCAGCGAGUUAUUUUCCGGGCUAGGCUUAUCCGGAUCAGGCGGGUUAGGAGCUUCGGAUUUCGGCCUUGGCAUGCCCGCAAGUGGCGCCGACGUCCACGUCCACGGCGGAAUUUCCGGCGCUGGGUUUCCUGGUGGGGGUGAGGGAAUAGAAACGGCAGCAGCGGCGGCAAAUGCGGCGGCUCUUGCGGGGCCACUGGGCGGCGCAGCAGCAGCACAAGUGGGUGGCGGAACCGGCGGCGCUGCCGGCGCAAAAGGACAGGAGAUGCCGGCCGAUUUUAUUGACGUGAGAGUGGUGAGCUUUAAGAAGCUGCAGGAGUCCGGCGGCUCCAUGAUUCCCGGAGGGGGCUCUUACGUGGCGUAUGUGAUUGAAACGAAGACGAAUGUGCCUGAAUACGGGGCCCGAUCUGCCCGCGUGGAGAGAAGAUUCCGCGAAUUUGUCGCCCUGGCUGACAGACUAGCAGAGACGCACCGAGGCUACUUCAUUCCCAUGCGGCCCGACAAGAACGUGGUGGAGAGCCAGGUGCUGCACGGACCGGAGUUUGUGAAAACGCGGCAGGUGGAGCUGGACAAAUACAUGCAGCGCCUGGCGCGGCACCCCUCUAUUCGCAAGAGCGAGGACCUCAUCUCCUUCCUGACGUCAUCCGAUAAGUUUCAGCCCGCCUCGUCUGUAGACCUGGCUUCCCGCGUGCUGGAAGGUGCCGUGAAGCUUCCCCAGCAGCUGUUUGGCUCGGCAGACUCCAUCACACCGGCAGAAGCUGCCAAACCGGCCGGUGGGGGGCGGAACCUUCUCAGAAUGUUCAAAGAGUUUGGGCAGUCCGUGGCGAAUGAUUGGACGGGGAAACCGCCAGCUGUCAGCGGUUCCACGUCAGCAGCAGGAUCGUCCACGUCAGCAUUGGAAGCAGGAGCAGAAGCAGGAGCAGGAGGUGCAAUGAGGGGGGGUCUGGGAGGAGGGGUGGGAGGAGAAACAGCCUUAGCAGAAACAGGAGGAAAAAUACAAACGGCGCCGACCGCAGCGGAGGUCGAGGCAGACGAGUUCCGGUUUAGUUCGGCCCGAACCAAGCUGGCAGACCUGGACAAGCACCUUGCCGAGGCUACAGCAGGUGCGGUGCAGAUGAUGCAGGCUCAGGACGGCAGCAGCCGCAUCAUUGGGUCGCUGGGGAUCACGUUUGGGUCCCUGGCUAAGCUGCAGGCGCAGCGGCUGGGGGAGGGGGGGAUUGGGGGAGGAGCAGGGGGAGGGGGAGGCGGAGGCGGAGGGGGAGGCGGAGGGGGAGGGGGAGGGGAAGGAGGCAAUACAGUGGCGGCAGGGGGUGUGGGAGCACCAGCAGCAGCAGCAGCAGCAGCAGCAGCAGGAGGAGGGGGGGAUGUGGGCGGAGGGCAGAAGGAGCGGGCGUUUGUGGGGGAGUGUCAGAGCGUGGGCAAGGGCAUGGUGCGCAGCGCGCAGCUCUCACACGGCGUGGUGGAGAGGAAUAAAAGCACGCUGUCAAUUCUCCUAGAGUACCACAAGACAACGGCUGCCGCCCGGACGGCGCUCGCCGAGCGAUCCCAGGCGCUGCUGACGUGGCAGACUCUGGAGGGCGAUCUGGGCGGCAAGAAGACAAAGCUGGACCGGCUGGGGUCGGUGGACGGAUCGGAUCCUGCUAAGCAGAAGAAAGCCCAGGAGCUGCAGAGGGAGAUUCAGGCUCUGGAGAAGGCUAAGGAGGCUGCUAGUAACGAGUACAAGAAGAUCACUGAGCGCAAUUCCUCGGAGCUGCAGCGCUUUGAGAGCGAGCGGAAGCAGGAGUUUCUCUCAAUGCUCGGCAACUUUGUGCAAGACCAGGUGCUGUGUUCGCAGAAAAUGGCAGCGAUCUGGUCAGUGGGGGAGGAGAGGCCGCCACAAUCUUGAACUGCUUUGCUCGAGGCACUAGGGGUGCUUGUGGUGCUAUCCACCGGCUGGGGCUGGUGGUAGAGAUGGUGGUGGCCGUAGUGGUGGUGAGUUGUGAAUGUUAGCGUAGAGAGAUUAACUAGAAUGAGGGAAACAUGGUGGUUUUGUCAAAGGGGUUGUACCCUCUAAGAGUACGCGCCUAUCUAGCCUAUAAGACAUAUACAAAUAUGUUUGACACACCCCCUAGGCUAGACG